AAAUAAAUAGCGGUGCGUUGCGCCGGAAUCGGAGCAGACGUCAAACCACGUCAAACGUCACGCCAACGCGGUUACGAUUGUUACGAGUGAAACACCGCCGAGGCCGAGAUCGCAGCUCUUACGACACUAACAGACUUGACUGUUCGCGCACCCCCUCCGCAGGUCGUAUUAGACCAUACCAGACGACGGAAGACGGGAUCGCGCGCCGCGGGUGCAGUUCCCAAGCGCGAGUCUCAGAGCCCCAGCGAGCGCGCCGUUCCUCGGAGGGGACCUCCGGUUGCGCUCGAGAAUCUCGUCCCACCGAUGAGCGAGCGGCCGAGGCGCGAGCGCGCUUCCACAGAGGGUGCCGCGCGGCCGUCACGGCGAGACAGGCCGCGGCCCAGGCUUUAAAUUUAAAGACGGAGCGGAUAGAGGAAUGACGCUGGAGAACCCGUUCUUUGUCGUCAAGGACGAGGUGUGCAAGGCGUUGAACAAGAAUCGCGGCUUGUACGGUCGUUGGAGCGAACUGCAGAAUGUCGCGAUCGCGUCGCCGACCGGUAUACCGCUGAGUGGUUCAGCUACUGCAAUCUCACGUACAGACGAACUCGAUUGGACCACCACCGAACUGCGGAAAGCACUUCGUUCCAUCGAGUGGGAUCUUGACGACCUCGAGGAUACUAUCUGUAUCGUUGAAAAAAAUCCAACAAAGUUCAAAAUCGACAACAAGGAGUUGACCGUUCAACGGAGUUUCAUUGAGCAGGCACGAGAGGAAGUCAAGAUCAUGAAGGACAAACUGAACUUAAGCAGAAGUCGGGAUCGUGACAGCACAGCAAGACAGCCGCUUUUAGACAACAGCCCUGCGAGAGUGCCGGCUAAUCAUGGCACUACUAAAUACAGCAAGCUAGAAAAUGAAAUAGAUAGUCCAAACAGACAGUUUCUCAGUGAUACAAUGCAACAGCAAAAUUCUAUGAUGAGACAGCAGGACGAACAGUUGGAUAUGAUUGGGGAAACAGUUGGUACAUUAAAAACAGUAUCCAGGCAAAUCAACAGUGAACUAGACGAACAAGCUGUGAUGUUGGAUGAAUUCGGGAAUGAAUUAGAGACGACUGAUUCCAAGUUGGACGCUACCAUGAAGAAGAUGGCUAAGGUGCUGCAUAUGAGUAAUGGUAACUAUAACAAUUACAUUCCCGCUCCUACUACUCCGGUGACAUCCAGCGUCACCGAUCUUGUUUCUGAUAACAAACCUUCCUCUCUUUCCUCUUUAUCUACCACAAUCGCCAAUUGUUUUUUGUGUUCCAAUGAUUAAUUGUCAUGCUAAUUGUCUUGCGCCUUUAAACAAUUUGAGGGUACCAAUAAAAGAUAUUGUAACAUUUUCGGAUACAUUUUCAAUCUGAAUAGUUUUAAAAAUACAAUAUAAA